AUUUUGGAACUGGCUGGCAGACUAGAGCGAGGCCUUGUGGGCGCGGCGGGGGAGAAACGGCGGCAAAGAGGAGCGUUCAAAAUCCGGGAUCCCGACUGGAGCUGCUGUGCUUUGCUGGAACUUGGCUGGCAGGUGAGAGUCGCGGCGGCGACAACGCUUCCUCCUUCUCCCUCCACACCGCCGACCGGCCUGAGGGAAGAGGAGGCGAAGGAAACAAUGCUUGCGUGUGGGGGGCGGGGCUCGUCCCGGGGGGGGGGGGAGAGGGAGGAGAAGCCGGGCUCUGAGGCUCCCAUAGUUCCGUCUCUUCCCCCCCCUGCCUCGAGCAUGCGGCCCCUCCGUCCUUCCCCCGUCUCCUUUCUUCUUCCAAGGGAAAAAAAUUAUGGGACUGAAGUUCCAUUGGGGUCCAGCUUGGUCGAGGGGCGGCAGUUGGAGGCGGAUUGCGAGGGAGAGAGAGUGUAGAUAGGGCAACCUGGGGCGGGGAGUGGGGAGUCGUACCCGACUUUACCUGGCUAUGAAAUGGGCGGGGAGCAUAGCUGUCAACUUUCAGAUUUGAAAAUAAGGGAUCAGCAGCCUCACCUGUCCCGGGGACAGUCUACGGGAUAUCUAACAAUCCGGGAUAGCAGCGGGAAACAGCGCUGGAAUAAGGGAAUUUCCCGCAAAAAAGGGAAGGUUGACAGCUAUGGAGGGGAGAUGGAGGGCAGGAAACGCGCGCACACUCCUGCAGGUUAGGCGCUGAGAUCCACGGGCGCUUUUCCUCCUCCGCCCCCUCUUUCUUUCCUCGGGUCCCGGAUCCGAGCUUGCCACCUCUGGUGGUUUGCAGCGCCGUCCUGUUGCAUGUUUACUCGGAAGUAAGCCACGGUGCGUAACGGGGACUUUUCCCAAGUAACUCUUAUGCCUUGGUGUUGCAACUGCAACUCCUCCUUUCACCGAGGACUGCCUUCUCUUCGGCUAGUUGGGCCAAGGAGCGUGCUUGUUGACAGUUUUAAUUCCUCUGGUUUCCUUCGCGCCUGCCUCCCAUGAUAGUAUCGCCGUUUCACCCUGCAGUAAGACAUUUUCACCUCCCCUUUUUGCUGCCGAUUUUAGCGUAUGCUUCCAGCGCAAUCGGUGUGGAUUUCGUUGCAUGUUAUUAUUUUAAGGCUUCCUUGUUCACAAGUACAUGGUGUUCACGUCUGGAGAAAGGAACACUGAUUGCAAUGUUUCUUGUCUCUUCUUCCCAGCCUGGCCUUCUAGGUGAUCUGGAUUCUGAACAUGAGGCCUGGAUGUUUUGCAACCUGUUGCCUCACUUGUGGGGGACAAAAGGUAGCUGGAUGUUGACCUGCAGAGUCUGCUUCGGUUGAAAGGGAAAACGUUGACUAAAAAGCGAAUUGGGAUUAAAACCAGCUCAGUCACUUUUCCACUUCAAACACUUCUGAAGUCUGCAGAACCCACCUCAUGAACUUUUGAAAUUCCCCUUAAAUUCAGGAUAACACCUUGGACUAAUAUUUUCCCACAUGGAAAGGAUAAUUGUAUAAACUUCUUAAGUUCUGCAUACUACUUUCAAGAGCUGUUUUUGCUUUCUGGUUCAAACAUUUCAGGCAAAACUGAGAUUUAGUGCUUCUACACAACAAAAUGCCGAAAAGAAAAUGUAAAUUUUCUGUUGGGCUACAGAAGAAGUAUACCUGUUUUAGAAGAGGUAGAGAUGAUUUUGAAGGUGAAUGCAUGAUAUGUAAACCGGGUACAUUUGUCUCUGUGGCAAAUAAAGGAGGACGGGACCUGCAAUCACACGUGGAGUCCGAAAAACACAAAAAAGCAAUUCGAGGCGAAGCUUCCUCAGCACAAUUAACAGACUUUUUCAUAAAACCGUGCAGCAAAUUAGAAGAUGAAGUAACCGCAGCUGAAGGAACUUUUGCUUUUCACACUGUUAAGCACCACAACAGUUAUAACGUGAUGGCGUGCACAUCAGGCCUACUGAAGACGACAUUCCCAGAUUCCAAUAUCACAAGGAAGUUUUCAAGUGCAAAAACCAAGACAGAAGCAAUUGUAAAUUCUGUCUUGGCACCCGAUUGUUUGGAAAAUGUUUUGAAAAGCAUUGAAGAAAAUGACGUAUGUUAUUGUGGAGUUUCUACUGAUGGGAGUAACCAUGGUUCAGUAAAGGUGUUUCCAAUAGUUAUUCAGUAUUUUGACUGGAAAAGUGGUGGUUUGCAGUCCAAAAUAAUUGAAAUGCGAAGCCAACCCAAUGAGACUGCAGAUACAAUCUUGUCAUACGUGAAGGAAACUCUUGAAAGUAAAGGACUGCUAAAGAAAUGCAUAGCAUUCAUAGGUGACAACUGCAACACAAUGUUUGGAGGGAUACGAUGGGAUUCAGAAGGAAGAAAUGUGUUCGCAAAGUUGAACAAUGAGCUAGAUAACAAAACUUUAAUUGGUGUGGGAUGUCCAGGACACAUUUUGAAUAAUUGUGUUCAUCAGGCAGCAGAAACUUUGGACAUUGAUGUUGAGAGCAUCAUUUUCAAGAUAUACCAGUACUUUCAUAUCUAUACAGUCCGAACGGAGCAGUUAAAGGAGUACUGUGAAUUUGUAGAUACUGAAUACAAAAAGCUGCUAUCUCAUAGCAAGACAAGGUGGUUGUCAUUAUUUCCAGGCAUCAAUAGACUCAUUCGCGUGUUUCCAGCUGUCAAGGCAUUUUUUCUCUCGCAGAAUAAUCCACCAACAGUGUUAAAAAGGUUUUUUGAACACGCGUUUAGUGAGGUUUAUUUAUUGCACUUGCAGUCUCUCAUGAGUAUGUUUCACUCAUAUAUUUUAGAACUCGAAAGGGAAAAUAAUUCAGUUGUAGAGGUUCUGAAAGUUCUGCUUUGCGUUCAGAACGUGCUCAAUGAACAUAAAAGCAACAACUUUAUGUCCCUCAAAGUUAAGAGCCUUCUAGAAGAAAAGCGUAAGGAGGGUCUUGGUGCAGAGUGUAACAAAUUCUAUGCAGAAGUAAAUAGCUUAUAUGACAGCUGCAUAGAAUAUCUGGGAAAAUGGAUGGAGUGCAUGAAAGAGUUUUCAUGCUUCAUGUGGAUGUCUCUUAGUGAGUCACUUGAGUGGGAUAAGGUAGAACUUUCCAUAAAAUUUCUCCUGGACAGGGAUGUGUCCAUAGAUGAUGUGAAAUGCUUUGAUCAAUUCUGCAAUCUCAAGAAGUUUGUGGAUCAAUACAAAGGUGAUGAUAGGUUCAUUAAUCUUCAGGCACACCAGAAGUGGACCAAGUACUUUGAGACUUCCCAAAACAUGUGCCACUCAGAACUUCUGAAGAUUGCACAGUUUUUUUUUGCUGUUGCAUCACAUGAUAAUGCAAAUAUGGAACACAUUUUCUCUUUGAUGCAGAGUUGGUGGAGCAAAGAAAGAGGCCACUUAUCCUUGGAAUCGCUGCGGAGUAUAUUGCUAGUACAAUAUAAUUAUAAGCACUUUACUUGCAAGGAAUUUCAUGCUUAUCUCUUAAGCAAUAAGCAGUUGUUGAAUAAGAUAAGAUCUACAGAGAAAUAUGCUUGGGCGAGACAACAUCAGAAAGAAGAACAAAGUGCAUUUGAAAGUGACAUACCAUGAGGUAAUUAAAAGUAGAAGUUAGCAAAUGUGUCCUCUUUUUUGUUCUUCAAAAUAUGGCAACCUUAGUCUGGAACUGAGAGGGGUGUUAUGCACUGUUGACACUAAAUAAAUGUUUUGUACUGACAGUAUAUGGUGAAUGCUAAUGUAUAAGUUUGCUUGAAGACAGAGAUGCAUUAUUAAACAGUCUGUCU